AUGGGCGAUACAGAGGUAGAAGUACGUCUCAAUGAGCCGAAUGAUGCGAAUGUAGGCAAUGCUGCUCCUCCUGCUAACGGGGGUCCUGACUACAACGACGAUGUAAACGUUGAAACCGAAGAAGAAGGAAUUGCAGGACCCAUGCCUCUUCAAAUGCUUGAAGGAAACGGAAUCACGUCUACUGAUAUUAAGAAAAUCCAUGACUCAGGCUACUAUACGGUAGAAUCGAUUGCUUACACUCCCAAGCGACAAUUGCUUUUGAUCAAAGGUAUUUCCGAAGCUAAGGCCGACAAACUGCUAGGUGAAGCUAGUAAGCUUGUUCCCAUGGGAUUUACGACAGCAACGGAAUAUCAUAUUCGAAGAAGCGAGUUAAUCACUAUUACAACGGGAUCCAAGCAAUUGGACACCCUCUUACAAGGUGGAGUUGAAACAGGUAGCAUUACUGAAUUAUUCGGUGAAUUUCGUACUGGUAAAAGUCAAAUCUGUCAUACUUUAGCCGUUACUUGCCAAUUGCCAAUUGAUAUGGGUGGUGGAGAAGGAAAGUGUUUGUAUAUCGAUACGGAAGGUACAUUUCGUCCUGUCCGCCUUUUGGCCGUUGCUGAUCGAUAUGGAUUGAAUGGCGAAGAAGUCUUAGACAAUGUUGCUUAUGCUCGUGCAUACAACGCCGAUCACCAGCUUGAAUUAUUGCAGCAAGCAGCCAAUAUGAUGUCAGAAUCACGGUUUUCGAUGCUCGUCGUGGAUAGUUGUACUGCUUUGUAUCGUACGGAUUUUUCUGGCCGUGGUGAGUUGUCUGCUCGUCAAAUGCACCUUGCUCGUUUUAUGCGUACACUUCAACGAUUAGCAGAUGAGUUUGGGAUUGCCGUUGUGAUUACCAACCAAGUAGUGGCCCAAGUCGAUGGCAUCUCUUUCAACCCCGAUCCCAAAAAGCCUAUUGGUGGUAAUAUCCUUGCCCACUCGAGUACGACUCGUCUUUCCUUGCGGAAAGGACGUGGUGAGCAAAGAAUAUGUAAAAUUUACGACAGUCCAUGCCUUCCUGAAAGCGAAGCCAUUUUUGCCAUCAAUUCAGACGGUGUUGGCGAUCCCAAAGAAAUUCUUGCUCCCAUUUAA